GAUGCAGUAAAUGACUGUCGAGAAUUCUUAAGAUUUGUGACAAGAGGCUAUAUAAUUCUUGGAGCCAUGCAGUUGUUAGGAUUUGAUUCGUUAGACAAAUUUAAAGACCUUAAUCAUACUUCUGACACUCAAAAGAAGGAAUUCUUGGAAAAACUUUCCCAAGAUAUUGUAGACCAGUACAUAACUACAGAAAAAUUUGAUUUAGACACACUUAAAGAAACCAAUACACGAGAAGAAGGAAGAUAUGUGUGUGGAUAUCCUGGCUGCAAGAAAAGUUUCGCUGUAGAUGGGAAAUGUAGGUCAAAGCACAGGUUUCGAUGUCAUUAUAAAGACUUCGAAGGUGUUCUACAGCCAGAUAAUGAUACUGACCAACAUGUCCAAAGCACCAUUGAGGUUGAAGAAAAGAAGGAAGAUUUUAAACACAAUUACAGCUGCAGUUUGUUAAGGGAUGGGCUAUUUGACUGGUGUAGAGAAGAUGCUGCGAGAGAAAAUGAUGGUGAACGUUUAGUUAGAAUGUGGCGAUUUGACAUUUUAAAAUUCGCUUUAAACAAUCAUGUUAAAUACAAACUACUAGCUUUUAAAUUACAUGCCCAGCUUUUAGCAAUACUGCCUCCAAAACAAGCCUUUCAACUGAAAAACAACAGAAGUGUCAAUAUACAUGGUGGAAAGGGAGCUAACGUUCCAGGAGACCUUGCUCUUGAGUUUAUGAAUAUGAGGGCAAAAGAUGCUUUAAACUCUCUCAGAGGCAACAUGACCGGUUCAUCUAUUGAAAGGUGCGGGAGAAGUCUCCAAGGCUGCAAUGACAUCAUUGAUUCCUAUACAACAGGAUUAAACCAAUUUUUUGGAAAGCCUUCGAACACCAAGCCAUCAAUCCAGAAAGAUAUUGACAUUCUUGUAAAACAUUUACAACCAGAAGAACUUUUUCAAGUCAUUCCAGGAAGAUGUCACCGCACAUUUAACUGUAUGAACUCCAAUUGCCUAACCAAGUUGGAUGGACAAAAAUUAAACUCUUGGCUCACCAGCAAAAAAGAAGAAUUUUCAAAGACACAAAGACUACGGUCUUAUUUACUUUGAUUACAAAUUCAGUGCUUUGAUGUAUAAAUAGUAUAAUGGUGCUACAUAUUUCACUGUACAUAUUUUAUUAUUUUUUCAUAUUUUAUUGGAAAAGCAAUGAAUUCAAAAUUUUGUUCUGGUUCUAUUACAAUAUAUUUGCUUUUAAAUACAUGUACAUGCUACACAAAUUUUCUAUUCAUUUUAGUAGUGCUUUUAAUGUAUUGAUGUGUCCUGCUUUUGUGUUUAAGUUGAUGUGUGCUACUUGUUUAUAAUGAUGUGUGCUGCUAUUGUUUGUACAUAUGUGCUUUUUGUGCUUUUAAUGUAUUGAUGUGUCCUGCUUUUGUGUUUUAGUUGAAGUGUGCUACUUGUUUCUAUUGAUGCAAGCUGCUUGAGUUUGACAUAUUUGCUGUUUCUGUUUGUAUUAUUUUAUGUGCAGCUUUUUUGUACAUAUUUAAGUGUGCUGUAUCUGUUUGUAUUGAUGUGUGCUAUGUAUAUAUUGAUGUGUGCUGCUUUUGUUUGAACAUAUUGAUGUGUGCUGUUUCUGUUUGUACAUAUUGACGUGCGCUGAGUCUGGAUGUAUUGAUGUGUGCUGCUUUUGUUUGUACAUAUUGACGUGUACUGAGUCUGGAUGUAUUGAUGUGUGCUGCUUUUGUUUGUACAUAUUGAUGUGUGCUGUUUCUGUUUGUACAUAUUGACGUGUGCUGAGUCUGUUUAUAUUGAUGUGUGCUUCUUUUUUAUAUUUAUGUGUGCUUGUUUAUAUUUGUGUGCUUCUUGUUUAUAUUGAUGUGUUCUGCUUUUGUUUUUCUUAACAUUUAUAUCAUGUAUAUGUUCCCCUUAAAAGAUGGAAAUAUUACGAUGAAUUUUGAUAGGUUGUAAGUUGUACCUACUAAUGUAUUUUUUUCCCCCAUCUAAUUGUUACAUUGGCACUGAAUUUUGGAAUGCUUAGCUAGUUUCUAAAAAAUAAUUAUUAUUUGAAUAGAAAUUUAAAUCAUGAAUUCGAUGGCAUGUUUAAUAUUAAGUGAUACAUUUGAAUUUUUUUGUUUAGAUUUAGUAUCUAAUACUUUUUUUUUGACUGGAUAAUGGUUAUUUUACAUGGUUAUUUUUUAUAAUGUUAAAUUUGAGGCAAUCAACAGGUUACCCUUUAAUAAAUUAUUAUCUUAUCUUAAUAGUCUUUGUGUUUGUAUAUAUAACUUUGGUAUUUUAGAAAUUUUGUAAAGGCCUUUCCAUUAUAGAAAAAUCCUUUUAAAUAUAAAUAUUGAACCAGUUGCCUCCCAAGAUAUAUACAUGUGUAUUGAUUACACAUACAAAACCUUGUACAUGUAUGUGCUUAGUUUUAUUUAUGAUAUAUUUCUUUUUAUUUUGAUCUAAUCAGA